AUGGAUUCUCUCAACAGUGACUUCCAAGCUGGCCAAACCAAGGGCCAAGCUCAGGAAAAGACGAACCAGUUUAUGGACAAAGCUUCCAGUGCUGCUCAGUCUGCCAAGGAAUCGUGCCAAGAGACUGGUCAGCAAAUAAUGGCUAAAGCACAAGGAGCUGCUGAUACUAUUAAGAGCAAAGUUGGAACAAACAAAUGA